AGAGAUUUCCUGAAAAAACAAUGACAGUGACUGCACACAAAGCUGAAAAAGCCAGGAAAAAACAGGCUAAGGCACAUGUAGUACCUGAAACCAUGGAUUAGUUGCAAGCCCAGAUCCUCCUUUACAAACUGAGGCUUAAGCCCUCCUGCCCAGUCCCGGGGGUGAGCUGUCUUCUGCAGGGCUCGAGGCCCCGCCCCUGGCCCUCGCGGCCCCGCCCCUCAGCCUCCCUGAAGGCGCCUCCUCGCGCUUCGCGUUGCCGAGGGGGUGGAGCGCUCCCCUCCCCGCAUGCGCAGUCAGCGUGGGCGGGCCCCGCACAACCACCAAUGGUAGCGGCGCCGCGCGGUGGCGGCGGCCAAUGGGCGCCGGUGGCGCGGCCAUUGGGUGGCUGGACAUGGCGGCGGAGCGGAGCGGCCCUGAGGAGGCUGCGGCGGGCGGCGAGGACGGCCCAUCCGCCCAGGCGACGCCGGGCCGCGCCGAGGUCUUCGCCACCGUGGUGGACACCUUCCUGGAGAAGCUGGUGGCAGCCGGGAGCUACCAGAAGUUUGCAAACUGCUACCGCUGCUUCUACAAACUACAGCCCGAGGUGACCAGGAGCAUUUACGAUCAGUUUAUAUCCCAGCUGGAGACGUCCGUCAAGGAUGAGAUCCAGGAGGUAAAGAAUGAAGGGAACCUGGAGCUGCUCUUUAAUUCACUGGAUAAGAUGGUGGAGGAGGCAAAGAACCAGGAAGAGCCUGCGUGGCGUCCCAGCGGGAUCCCAGAAGAGGACAUUCGCAGUGCUAUGGUGCCGUACCUCCUUAAGCACAGGUCGUACUUGCGGAAAAUCCUAAGGGAGAAGGAGGAAGAGAACAGGAAGGUAGCAGAGUCUGUGCUUGCAGGGAGGAAUAGGAUUGGAGAGCUGCAGCAGCUGAUACAAGCUCGCAAACAUGCCUGGCAGGCAAUUAGUAAAGAGCAACAAGAACUCAUCAUGACAUUCAAGGAGCCCCAGUGAGGACGCGGGGAGUUUCUGCAUGUUUCGUGGGGGGAGUUUAUCCUCAUCUUGGAAGCGUGGACAACGUGGUGGGAAGCGAGACUCUGUAUGUGGCGUAUACAAACCAUGCAAACUCACGUUCUUCUUGUCAGGCCAGAAGAAACUUGCAGUGGGACUGAAAAGCUGCUGGACUUGCACAAUUAGAUCAAAGUUUGUGAAGAAAUAAAAAAGAACACAGCAGGAUCUUUGGAAAUAGAUGACAAUUUCCUAUUCCUUGCUCAGCUCAACAGGGAGGAGAAUCCUACAGGUCUGAUAGCCAGAGCAUGUCUGUACACUCACAUGCUUUUUUAGCGCUGUGACAGGCAUGACUCUAGCUGACUAAAGCCAAAUUUGUGACCUUGCAGGUAUUUCAGAUGUGCAUUAGAGAAAAAUAGGUGUCUUAUGCACAGAGGCUGUGCUGUGCACAGGAAUGAGGAGCCAGCAAGCUGUAGCACACAAAGCCCACAGUCAGGUAAAUGCUACCAUGGCAUUUUGUACAGCUGGAGCAUAAAUAGCCACGUCGGACUCUUGCUGCGUUUUUGCAGUGUUCAUUUUCAGUAUCUGUGUGUUUAAACAAUUGUUCACCUGUGACCCAUCAGAACAGACAUGUCAGCAGCUGCUUUAUCACAGCAAGUUCCUCGUUGCCAUUUAUUCUUUUUUUCCAGUUAUUUUCCAACCCUGCUCCCCUCCCAGCCAAUACGCACUGAGGGCUCUUCUCUGAGGACCGCAGUGUGAAGGAUCCGGGGAGGUGCCGGGGAGGUGUGUGUGUGGAGAUGAGCAGAGGUUAGAAUGGCCCUGCCUCGACUUUGUGGGCUCAUGGCAAAGGGAUUCAAUGUUUUCCUGUGAAACCUCCAUGUUGAUUCCUGGAACCAAACUGGGUUUGGUUUUACCCAUCUGGAGUUGUUCAUUACCAUCUCAUCAGAAGUUUGCCAGCCAGGGAAGCAGGGACUCACUGGAGUCUGCCUGGUGGGGCAUUAGUGAAGCUCUGCAAGCGAGGGGUAUCUUCAAAAUGGAGAAAAAGUCCUUCCUCUGGGCUGGACAGAUAACGAGGAGAGUCUUACUGAGCCUGACACGGACUGAUGGUGAGUCUGUUUCCAACAGACACCAGAUCUGCCCAGGGCAGCAGGUUCUCUGGUCACCUGUUGUUCCUCCUCACCUGUUGUGCUCUUCGGCUGUUAGUGCCUGCCAUCCCAAGGAGAGGCUGUGCCCUGCGUGGUGGGGAAAUAAUACAAACUCUGAGAACAACAGUGGCGAUUUCCACCAAGCGCAAGCCUCUGUUUUCAAUUAGAGGCAGCCAGAGACUGCGACUGACUGACUGACUUAGGCAUAUUUUCCUUCUGUCGUAAACAAGACUUCCCUUGCUGCAUUAUAAUCUAAAUAAAUUGGAGCUGUUGUUCCCCCA